CAAUUAUUAUUAUUAUUUGUCAAGAAACAGUUGAGCAGCAGCAAAGCAUGUUAACGUGGCUCAGUCUUUCGCUACCUGCAGCAUGCUGGUGCUGGUGCUGCCCUCUCUGCCCACCUUCCAAACCAGGAAGCAGCUCUUCUCUCCCGCAGACGAAACUGCAGCCCUUUCGUCGCAGAGGACUUCUGGAUUCGGGUUUGUGCAACUCACAAUGUUGCAAUGAAGAUUGAUGAAAAGGCUUUGGGUUAUUUCCAGUCUUGCGACUCGCCAGUGGACAAGGAAGGGUAUCUUUACAAAAAGGGUGAGAUCAAAACUUCCUAUCAGAAGCGCUGGUUUGUGCUGAAGGGAAACCUCCUCUUCUACAAGGAGAGGUCUGCAGACCGAGACGUGUCUGGAGUGAUUGUUCUGGAGGGCUGCACCGUCCAGCUGUGCGAGUCGGAGGAGCAGUUCGCCUUCUCUCUGGUGUGGAGCGAGCCGGGGCUCCGGACCUACAAGUUUGCUGCAGAGGACCAGGCCAGUCAGGAGAGCUGGAUCAAAGCCCUGCUGUCUGCCAACCACAGCUACCUGGCCCUGCUGGUACAGGACAUGGAGAACAAAUACAAAGAUACUUUAGCUGAGCUUUCCGGUAAACCAAACCAACCAUCCACAGCCCCAAACCUGCGUGCAGAUGCGCAGUAUUCUGCCGCCGUCCUGAGCACUCGCGUGUCCACCCUCUCUGUGCUUCCACCACAAGCUGCCGGAGCAGGACUCAGUCCGCUGGUUCCAUCUUCAGCCACUUUGCCGAGUAAAAGGUCGCCCAAACUCUGGCCCAAGAAAAGCACAAACAUGGUGUCCCACAGCACUCCUGCUAUGUCCACGGCAGACUGGGUGGACUACAGCUCAGGCCCCGUGGAGGAUUUUCAAACACUGCAUGAAGAAUUUGGGAAGGAAGUGAAGAAACUGAUCACCGUUUGGGCAAAGAGAACGGGUUUAGAUCAAAACGUCGAGGAUGAUUUGAUCAAUUUUGAAUAGUAAAAAUGAAAGUUGCAAACUUUAACCAAGAAUUGGAAGAGCUAGAAUUGCAUAAUUGCAAAACUGUGAGGUAUAUUUAUAAAAAGUUAUUUUUUAAAAUAAAUGUUCUUAUGUGUUUUUCAACAACAAA